AUGAAGAUGCAAUUUACUCUCGGGCUUCUCUUGCCAAUUGCACUUGCUGUUUCGGCAAUUUCUACUCUGCAUCCUAUCAAAUUGGAUGCAAGUGACAUGCAAGCCAUUGCCAAACCUCUUGGGAACGUGGCAAUAGAUCCUACUCUUACAUGCGAUGCUACUUACACAUUGGCUGUAGACUGCACUCUCAAUCCUUGCACCAUCGCAGUCAAUACUUUUACUCUUACAAAUUGUACUCUUGUUUAA